GUCAGUCGGAUCCACUAUUUCCACUUUAAGCUACCGAACUGCAUAAUCUCAUCUGCCAAUUCCACCAUCCUUUCGGCAUUCCUUUUGCUUUCGAGAUCCAGCAAUUGAAAUCUUUCUGGAAGCUUGCGACCUCUCGGGGUGCUAUCACUACUGAGCAGAGAAACUGGGUGUGAAGGAGGUAUCGAUCAAGAUGCCUGUUGAUCUGUCCUUGUACUUGGUAACCGAUUCAACCCCACCCAUUCUCAAGGGUCAGGAUCUGUGCCAGGUCGUUGAGGAAGCUCUUAAAGGAGGCGUUACAAUCGUCCAGUAUAGAGACAAGACCAGCGACACGGGUGUUUUGAUAGAAACAGCCAAAAAGCUGCAUAAGAUCACCCGUGCCUAUGACGUUCCCUUGCUCAUAAAUGACAGAGUCGAUGUUGCAGUGGCUGUCGGAGCAGAAGGUGUUCAUCUUGGACAAGAUGAUAUGAACAUCUCCGAAGCAAAGAAGAUACUCCCAGAAAAUGCUAUUAUUGGUAUUACUGUUGCCUCUAUUGAGGAGGCUAAGAAGGCCGUUGAAGAGGGUGCUGACUAUCUCGGUAUUGGGACGGUGUAUGCCACGGCCACCAAGACCAACACGAAAGGCAUCAUCGGCACUGCCGGCACUAAAGCUAUCCUGGAAGCCAUCUCAGACGAUCGCCCAGUGGGAACAGUCUGCAUUGGCGGGAUCAAUCAGUCGAACGUUCAGCGAGUCCUCUAUCAGUCCAAGGCAUCUAAGAAAGGGCUUGAUGGUGUUGCAGUUGUCAGCGCUAUCAUUGGAGCAGAAGAUCCAAAGGAAGCCGCUACCACAUUUGUGAAGCACAUCCGCUCCGUUCCUGCAUUUGCAACGACUCCCAGAGCUCCUCGACCAGACGAAAUUGCCACUUUGAUUCGAGAAGUGCCUGAAAUCGCACAAAAAGUCGCAGCGCGACGCCCUCUGGUACACAGCAUGAUCAACCAUGUUGUAGCCAACUUUGUUGCUAAUGUUACUCUUGCUAUUGGAGCUUCUCCAAUUAUGUCAUUGUAUGGAGAUGAAGCUGCAGAUUUGGCUCUUAAUGAUGGCUCCCUUGUGAUCAACAUGGGUACUUUGAACGAAGAGAGUGUCUCAAACUAUCUCAAAGGUAUAAGAGCUUAUAAUGAGCGCGGAAGACCUAUUACAUUUGACCCAGUCGGUGCUGCUGCCACCUAUAUUCGGCGGGAUGCUGUGAAGCAGCUCAUGAGCGGAGGAUACUUUGACCUCAUCAAGGGGAACGAGGGAGAAAUCAGACAGGUCUUUGGAGAUAGCGCUGCGACGCAACGAGGGGUUGAUAGCGGGCCAAGCACGCUUGCAGCUAUAGAAAAGGCUCAACUUGUCAGAAACCUGGCCCGGAGAGAGCGAAACAUCGUGCUCAUGACAGGAGCUGUUGACUAUCUCAGUGACGGAGAACGUAUACUUGCAAUCCACAAUGGACAUGGAUAUCUUGGAUCUGUUACAGGGACCGGUUGUGCAGUAGGCGCCAUAUCGAGCUGCUUCUUGACAGUGCAUCCAACGGACAAGCUUCUUGCAGUACUUGCAGGGUUGCUCAUGUAUGAGAUUGCGGCUGAGAAUGCGGCUUCAAAGGACCACGUUCAUGGACCAGGGAGUUUUGUCCCUGCCUUUCUGGACGAAUUGUAUGCUAUCCACCGGGCGUCUGACCAGGGAGAGUAUUCCUGGGUUUCAGGUCGCGCAAAGGUUGAAGAGAUUCGCGUAUAGGAAAAUGUAUACAUACGGAGGCCUGAAUAGCUUACAUGCGCAUGUGAAUGCCCUGUUUUUUAAGGCUGCAAUUUAUUCAUUAGUCAUCAAUGUCACGUGUAAAUUGGCUGUCUC